AUGGACGACGAUAAGCUGAACAGCCUCAUUCAAAAAAUAGGGCACAGCAUAGAUGACAUCCGAGACAGGUCAAUGAUUAUGCUCAUACAAAAAUAUGAAAAAAAUAUAAUAAGCGAAACGGACUUUAAGAAAAGAAAUUAUUUUUUUGAUAUUAUUCUUCGUUACAUUAACGAUAGAAACAGCUCCAUUCCUUUGAAAGCGCUGAUCCAAGUUUUGGACUUCGUUCGGUGCAUAAUAGAGAAGGAUGAAGAGGUCAAAAGCAAAUUCGAACAAUUCGGAAUAUACACAUUCACCAAGGAGUUUUUAACCCACUUCAGACAUAACGAAGACAGGUACAAAAAGAAUAGUCCCGUUAAAAAAUUAAAUGUUGCACCGGACACAGAUACGUGCCUCAUAAACUAUGAGCAUAUGCAAUUGCAAAACAGUAGCAAUGAAUACAACCAGGUGGUCAGAAUUCUGAUCCAGCUGAUUCGUGCAUACAGUGGGGACAACCCAGACGACUUUUCAAAAUGGGAUACUCAAGAAUGUGCACCUAAUAUUGACGUAAGUAAUGCAAAUGGGGAGGCAGAAUCACCGGAAGGAAAAGAAAAGGGAACCGCACAGCAAACUUCCCCGUAUAAAAACAACGUAACGCAAAAGACAAGCGACAUGAUGGACUUAAAUAAAGAGGAAGGUCAAUACAAAGCUACACGAAAAAAAAACUCUUCCAUCGAAGAGCCGACAAGCAUUCCCCCUCGGUUGACACAACACUCUCCUGAGAAGGCAAAGGAAAACACAAAAAAAAACACCUCAACCUCGCACAACAAUGCAGAUAGCACACUUUCACAAAAGGAUCUCCUGAAUAUAAACCAAAUAAUGGAAAAAAAUAACAUCAUAAACAUAUUUACAAAAAAUAAUUUCUCCAAAAGUGAAGAUUUUGAGUAUUACAACUUCUUAUAUGAGGCAAAGAAUGAAGUGAAUAAGAGGAGUAUAUAUUUGCUCCUUACGUAUAAGAUAUAUAAGGCCAACAAAAUAAGGGAAGGGCAUACAUACCUACAUGACGCAUCGGUACCUCCAGGGGGAACUACGCAAAGAUACAACAAUUGUGACGAAUGUCAUUACGCGCACAUAUUAAAUAAUUAUACAUUUUUUUACCUGUACAACUUCUUCGACUGCUUCGACAUCUUCAGAAGGAAUUUUCUAGACAUAAACAGAGUAGAACAUAUGGUCGAACGGGGAGACCCCAUAAAAGGAGAUGUGCGAAAAAACCAACAAGAUAGAAGCAAAGAAGGGGAAGAUUCCCUCAUUGCCUAUUUCACCUACCUAAAUAAUAAACACGUGUAUAACAAAAACAUAACCUACAAAAUAAAAAAUUACAUCAACAAAAUGAACCUGCUCCAUUUCUACCUGAGCAUAAAGUUCAACUACUUCGAAUGCUUAGGGAUGAACAUAAUAAAAAAAAUAAUAAGCAUAGACGAUCUUGUUUAUAUGCACAAAGAAGUGAAUAAAAUUUUAAAUGAAUAUAUUUACAUUUUCAAUAAAGACCUAUUUCUGUUUAACUAUAAAUUUGUCUACACGCUUAGUUAUAAUAUUCACUAUAUUUACAAAAAUUACGUCGAAAAUAAUCAGGCGGAAAAUGAAUUCCAUCAUAUGAACAACCUUCUAAAUAGUCUAGCGUAUCUUAUUUUUAUAAUUAUUUAUAGCCUUUACGUAAGUGUAACACAGAGAAAGGGGUGCCUUUGCAACAGCGUCCAUAAUAUCUACCUGAACAACUUCUUUUUCCUGAUUAACCAAAAUGUGUUCUACUUACUUUUGCUUCGAAAAGGGGUAAAAGGCUCCAACUUGGCCGCGGGAAAUCAAAUUGGUGCAGAGUUCAAGUAUGGCCAUAAUGGGGACAAUAUAGCCAGUGAACAGAGGAAAGGCCCCCCUCAAUCUGCAAACAACUCAAGCCAGGUAAACGGAACAAUCAGGCAAAACAACACAGAUGACCUCAAUAGGUUGAACACAUUUUACCUAAGGAAGAACGAAGAGAGGGCGAUUCGCAAAUUGGGGGGCAGCACCACUACGCAUUUCAACGAAAGCGACACGUACUACUACUUAUUCAUAACGAAAAACAAUUGCGUCUAUUUUUUCAAAGUGUUAAUUUUCUUCAUGCUAGAAAUUUUAAAAUUUUCGCACUUCAAAAUUAGCACCAUAAAGGAAAAAUGCACCACCCUCAACUUCCACAUAGACAAUUUUGUCAUCAUUUACAAUUUCCUCUGUAACGUCUUAGAGUACUACUUUGGCGAAUCAGAUAAGCAGAAGGACUCACACUUGGAGAUCCUCAUUGACUACAUUGAAGGGAACAACCUACAUGGUCGUGUAGAUAAAAAGGAAAAACAAAAUGGGGUCCCCGUUAGGGAAUACCUUUCAGAAAAUUUAACUACCCACGAGUUGAACAGUUUCUCUUCCUCCUCUUCCAACUCCUCUAGCGAUUUAAAAAAAAACAAAUUUCAAAGCAUUGAUAUGUUUACUAAUACUGCCCUUCGGCAAACUUACAAUUACAGCCCUAAACAAUUGGAGCUCCUGAAAAUCGUCUGCCUCUACAUAAACUACACCCCCGUGUCAUUCAUUCUGAUGAAGAAAAUACAGCCCAAAUUAGUCGACCUGUUUAGACGCUUCCUCUUCGACAUGCACCUGAACACGCACCACUUAGAAUUGUUGCACUUUUUCAAAAUUUUCUUCUUCUUUUAUGACUACGAAAUUUAUAAGGAGUACAUCGAUCUGCUGUGUUAUUUUUACUCCUUGGCCAAUUUGUUUUUCGUCUACCGUGGUGUUGGGGGUGGUGACGAUGCUGACAAUGGUGGUUGCCUUGGCGGAACCACCUUCCGGUCAGAUAUCUCCACCUUCAUAAACACCAGCAAUAACAUCUCCCACUUUUUUUUCUUCCUUCCAACUAGUUACUCCGCCCUCAACGCCUUCCUUGAAAAGUACCACUCAGAGAACGCCGCAGCAGACCUACCCGCCCCACAUGCCAACGAAAUGUUCUCAAGUCCGGCCGACGCAAAAAAUAAUGAGCCAUCCCUUGACCCCCUGGAGACAUUCAAAUCGCAAGACUUUUUCGAUGCCCCCAAUUUGGACAAUAUGAGAAAAACGAUAGAUGCACACAGUAGACACGAAAAUGAAGCAUCGCACUGCAUAAAGCAAUUUUGCCAUGCUUUGCUACAAGUGAGAGGAGACUACAAAAAAAAUGUACUCAAAAAUGGACAGUACAAAAAUGCGCGGUGCGAAAAUCAAAUGGACAAUUUCACACAUCAAGAGUCGCUCCAAAUUAGCGGUGCCCACUUCGAUGCCCACUUUAUUGACAAAGUUACCCAGGUGCUGCUCGAAAACAGCCUCAGAAUCCUCUUCAAUUCGCUAUCCCUUCUAUCCUCUGAAUAUAACAACUUCACAAAUUAUGUCAAACCGGAUAAACAAGAAAACAGAUCCAUGUACCAAUUCAUUGUUAACAAGUUGAAGAGCUGCAAAAAUAAAAUGUACAUACUAACGUUUAACCAAAAAUCGGAAGGUAAAACGGACGUCCCAGAAAAUAUCAAAUUCGUCCAGCUGUUUAAAAACUUUGUCCUCCUCCUCCACAACAUCAUUUCAAUCAUGUAUAGCUACAACACGGAAAUUAUUUUUUUUUUUUUUAAUUUUAUUUUUAAUAUUAAUUAUGAAAAGGGCUCCUUUGACUGGGAAAAUAGUGAACUAAGAGGGGAUCCCCAAGGGGGGGACUUGUCCUAUGGAGUAUUCGAUCAUAAUACCAUUUCUAACAAACGCAUGGAAAGGGGAAACGUCUCCAAAAAUGCACACAUGGGAGAUUCUACCCGUUCGGAGAAUGACCUAAUGAGCCAAAAUAAUUCCCACAACGUAACCUACAGCAAUAGGGAGUCAAACCAACUAGAACGUCCCAAGGCCUAUCAAGACACUCAGUACAUUACCCCUAUGUAUAAUCAAAGAACAGAUCACCAUCAUCAAAAUGUGAAGGAAAAUCAUUUCGGUCAAGAAAACGGAAAUAAUUCACUAGGGAUAGACACCUAUCAACAAUAUGACUGCAAAAAUGUGAACCAAUUCGACCAGCACAAACCAACCAAGUGGGAAACCUCCCAAACGGUGAACUCCAAAUUUGAAAGGAACAAUCAACCCUAUCUGAACAAUUGCUCGAAUGAUGAUACACCUUGGAAAUACACUCCCCACGGAGGGAAGACAGAAAGCAAAUCCCCAGAUUUCUACACCCCCACUUUGCAAAUCAACGAAUUCGUUGACGUCAUAUACGAACUGUGCGUAUAUAGCAAAAAGGAAAUAAGAAAUUAUUAUCUCUUUUUUAUACUAGAAAAUAUCAGGAAAAAAGUGGAAACCCUGUUUAAUUCCCUUAUGGACAAAGAACAGAAGGAAAAAAAGAGACUCCUGUCAAAUAUUAAGCUUUUCUCCAAAGUCCUCCUUUUUUUGUACUACUCUAAAAAGAAGUACAUACUCUUGCUAGAGCAGAUCGCUUACAGCUCGUUCAACUUUUUGUAUGACCACCAUUUUGAGCCAAUCCUUGCCGGUAGCAACGGUGACAAGGGUAACUGCGAUCAUGGCAACCAUAACAGCGAAGUUCCCCCUGGCAGGGGGGGGAAACACGAAACGGAACAUAAUGCACUCACCAGACUGGCCUACUUCUACAAGAAUGUCUUCCUAAACGUGCAUAGCUUGUAUUUUAUGCUUUUUCAAAGGAAAAAGAAAAAGAGGACCCAUUCUCUUAAAAUAAUGUGGAAGUUGCAUCACCAGUUUAGGCUAAAAUUCACCAAGUGGUGGAGCAGCACGAAGAAAGAUGCCUCACCAAACGGUACGAUGAAACGGGAGGAAAUGCAAAGUAGCAUCGAAGAGAGACAACAUAACAUUAUCGACGAAAGAGAAACAACGUGGAAGUACAGAGAAGACCCUAUAGGAAGCCACCGACGUGAAGCCCCUGCAAAAACACAGAACCAAACGUACCACCAAAAUCAGUGCCAUAACACCUUCAGCUACUCAAACGACUGGAAAUUUAACACUAAUAUGUUAAACAUGUACAUAAGCCAUUUUGUGCUUAAUCAUAUGCUUAGCGAUGAAGAGGCUAUCAUUCAGGCGUUACAGAAAAUAGACAUGAAGACGGAGGAACUUCCCCUAAACUUUUUUGAUCACAUAAUGUCAUUUAUUCUGAGGAGAAAAGCAAAUUUUAGAGAAGGUGACAGUUUUGUAGAGAACACUACAGAAAGUAAAACCCAAAAGGGGGAUCCAUCCCACAUGGAUCAUUUUCUUCUCUUAAUUUACGAAAAAAUAAAAAAUUUGUACAUAAGACUAAUAGGGGAAAUGCUUGCCAAGGAGCAAACCAGUACAUACAACAUUGAAUUGUUUGUCUAUGUCCUAAAAAUACUUAUCCUGUUGAUCAUCACAAACUAUAGGAAUAGCAGCAUAUGCAAAAGAAUAUACAAGGAGAGGUACUUUUAUCUGUCUCACUUGUUUUGCUUCUUCUUUUACGAUAAUGAGAUUGUCAGAGCUUUGUGCAUCAGCUUGAGCUUCUACUUGAUAUUCGACCAAAACAUCUUGCUAUUGAACAAGCACAGAAUAUUCCUCGAACCGAAUUUGCUACAAGAACAGCUGAAUAGAAAAGGUGAAAUGGAUUUUGAAAGGGAUGACUAUUCUCCUAAUUGGUUAACUGAAGGAGUAAACUCGCCUCAUCACAGCUGCACGAACAUGUUAGAAAAUUCUCUAAUAAACGAAGUAAAGGUAGAAUAUAUGGAGGGGUACUACAAAGAGGGUCCCCAAAGUGGCAUUAACGGAUGUGGGGACGGAGGAGAUAUACUCCAUUGGGAGACAUUUAAAAAAUAUGACAACUUCUUCUUUAAUCUGCACAGAAAUAGACACAACAGAAAAGACACAAGCAAGAAUAAAUAUAUUGAUAGAGAAAUGCAGCCCAACCAAAUGGACGAUGUAAACAAGGCCUCAUUUCAUAUAGAGAAAAAAAUCCUCUUCUUUCUUCCCUUUUGGAUUUAUAAAAAACUGCAGCCAAAUAAUUUUCUGCUAAAUGUUAAAAAGCUAAAAUCUUUUUUUUUCUUCUCCACCAAAUAUUCCUACCUGCAUGAGUUCCAUGAUGCCAAAUUGAAUAUGAAGGCAAAGGAAUUAUCCUUUUACGGGAACUACAACGCGAAUAAUAUAUUCAGGUCCUACUUCCUCUUCGUUAAUAAGUAUUAUCAUUUGUCCAAAAGGGUGAGCACUGCACCAGUUGGAAUGACACCCGUUGGUAGCAUACCAGUUGGAAGUGCCUCUCAUCCUAUGACCCGCACAAGUUGCAACCAGUCCAUUUGGAGCGGCAUCAUCCAAUCGAAUGAUAAAUUAGAGACUCCCAGAUUUCCCAUUGCGAAUGUGAAUUCUUUUCUUUUUUUAAAUGCCAAAGUGGAUAUAAAGCACACUUCCAAAAAUAAUUCCUACGUUUUCAAUUUGAUAAAAGUGUUAAAAGUCCUGCCACCUAUAAACGAUUCUGCAGAUAAGGAAGCCAACUUUUCUUACAUCUACAAUUUGAGCGAGCUAUUUUUCUACCUGAACAACUGCUACAUGCAAUUACUGUGCACCGAAGGGGGGAGCGCAUGCAACCAAGUGAGCUACCCAACAGGCGACGAAUCAACCAAACGAAAUGGUCUUGAAAACGCAUAUCCAAGCAGAAAAAAUACACCAGAUGAACCAACACAGAAUAAUAAUGGGGCCAACUCGAAAGCAGGAAUCACCCCAAACAAGCAGACACAUUACCUCCUCCAAAGCGACUACGAUGAAAUGAUCAGUGCCAUGCAUUUCGUUUACACCACCAUUUUUCCUUAUAUUAACAAGCUUCUUUUUUUCAUGUACAACCAACUGACAAUAAAUAGGAAGGAUAACACCAGGCCUAGCAGUGCUCCGAAUGAAACAAGCGCAAAUACCGUCAUUCAUUCGAACAUGCUGCUACUGAAGCAUUUAAUAACCCUCUUCGACGUAUGCCUGCACAUACAUUUAAUACUAGAAAAAAGAAGACACAUGGAAGGAAAAAUCCACCACCUAGACAAAGAUAUAGACCUUUCCCUUUUCCUCUACAAAUUGCUCUUCAUAUCAGUUGCUACCUCAUCUUUGAAGAAUAAAAUUUCCAGCUUUUCCCUCAACUUGCUUUACAAUUUUGUCCACCUGGACGAUUACUACGUUAGGAUGAAGAAUAACUGCCAUGACAAUCUCGCCAUUAUUGCUGAUCGGAUAGGAGGCACGAACCCUACAGUUAGAAACGAUCACCUUCAUGAUAGCAACUUCAACUGCCCAGACGAAGGAGGGGAAAAUCCCAUGCUGAUCAAAGAGCAACGACGAAUCAGAAGUAAGCAAAUGGAGAGAAGGAAAAACUUGUCCAUUCUGGUAAACUUCCUUUUCUUCAUACUGUCGAAAUAUAGGAAAAAAAAAAAAAUCAACAAAGCAAAAUCAACACAUACUAAUACAAACAGUAACGUCUACGCCAACAUAAUAAAUGUGUACGAAAUGGAGAAGACCAUCAAUGUAGAGAAUGUCACAUUUCAGAACCACGAACAGGAGUAUCUCAAAUUAGACAUUUACUUUGUGAAAAACGUUUUGUCUAUGCUUCACGUGGUUUUCAGGAGGGGCUAUUUUUUUGAUCUGCACUUGGUCAAUGAAGACAUAUUAAGCAUAAGCAUGGACGUGUUAAUGCAGCAUGAUUGCUCGGCUUUCACGCAGGGAAGAGGAGACUACCAAACGGGGUUAAAGGGUACACUGGAAGUUCACUCAGAAGAGAACGAAAAUGGGGAUAAUAAGGCCCACCCACGAAGCGACACACAAAAGAUCGAAAACAACAAUGGUGGGACAUACCCCAAAGGAAGGACAAAAUUGCACAUCUUCAAACAAGUCUUCCUAAACAAAUACAUGAGCACGCUCAUAAACUUCUGCAACAUUUACAACGAUAUCAUUAUCGAAUGUUUGCAUGUCCAGCUGCUACUCCUUUUCUUCAAGUAUAUUCUCCAAGUAUUCAAGUACCAAAUCUGGAAGCAGAAUUUUCUGAAUAACUCCCACAGGUCAAAGAAAAAUAUCUUAGUGCAUGUUCUAAAAUACUACAAAGCAGACAAAGAAUUGUGCAAGUUUAUAAAAAGGACCUAUUUUGUCAUUUUAAAAUAUGCAAUAUAUAUGCAGAAUAUUCGCGUCUGUGGAGAUGUGCAUAUUCCCUUCAGUGGGAGGAAAAAUGCAGACGCCAGUGCGGAUCAGCAGAGCGAGCUGAUCAACAAACACAACUACCAACUGAAGGAGGAAGAUAUUUACAAAAAUUACUGCCAACUGUUUUACGAGUACACCAUAAGUAAGUUUAAAAAUUGUCUUUCCAUCGACCAGGACGAAGCAUAUAUGCAUCCAAGUGAUCACAAUGGUGAAGACGAUGCCACAAUCAAAGAAAGAAUUUACAAUCAUCAACAGAACCAAGUGGCCAACUCCAACUACGUCUGCAUGAUUGAUAUGUACUGCCCUCAAUGUGAAGAAAACAAAAUUCUAUUCCUAUCCAUUGUACUAUUUGUUAGCUUUUUCUUGGACAACUUCCCUUUUUUUUUCUCCCUAAAUGGCAACGUCACCCAUUCUGAUGAAGCGAAAGGUUGGAAGGAAAAUCCGAAGGAUAACAUCGAAACCCUGUGCGAGCGUAUUUUCCACUACUUGGGGAAAAAAAACAUCUACAUCAAUUUCUACAAUUUGAAGGAAGCCAAACUGUUUGAGAAAUACUUUUUUAAAAUAUUCCUAAAAUUGUUAUUCUGCAAUGAGAGGGAAACAAUGAACAACUUGCAAAAGUACAAAAUAUAUUUUUACAACAGGAAACAUGAAUCGGCUCAUCGGGGUGGGAAGACCGCCAAGACAGCUGCAAAUAUAAGUACGUCAAGUAUAACGGAAAACCAAUCGAUCAACCUCACAAAUAGCGGUGAAAACAAAACGGAGCAGGACAAUGAUAGCAAAAAAUGGGGAAAACAAAUGGGCACACUUAUCUCUGACGAAGAAGGGAGUCCCAUAUUCACACAAAACAUAAGUCACGAUAAUCACUUCUAUCUAAAUCACUUCCUCAACUACUUCUUACUUCAGAAGGAGAAAAAGAACGACUUGGAACUGAUAUAUGACAAAAUUUACUACUACAUCCUCAUCGUCAGCAUGUGCUUCAAGGACCGAAAUUUUUUAGCCAUACUGCUGUCCCAAAAUGAGAACUUCUUCCCAGAAUUCAACCAAAUGAUACAGCACUAUUUGAAAUACGUUUUAAAAAACAAGCAAGAAUUAAAUAAAAAAAAAAAAAAAAAUGAAGUCAUGAUUCAUAACUUGUUGUAUAUAUUCGUCUCCUACAUAUACAUAUACCUGAACGAACUUUACCACAUUUUUUUCACUCAAAUAAAGAAUGUCCUAACCCUGCCCUCCUUUUUUCAAAACAUCAUAUAUGUGGAUAGCAAAGGCGUGGACCCAAAUGGAGGGAAAAUAAUUAACACACACAUCGAAGCAGAGAACACAUCAGUGUCCGUGGACGCCCUUUACAAUACUUUAAUAAACAUGAAAAAGAAAAAUUGGAACAAAAACUUAGAAAAUUACACAGACCAAAAUAUAAAAAAUGUAGUAGUUCGCAACAUUUUCCACAAUAACAAUAUCUACUUGUUCAUUUUGUACAUCAUAAAUGAUAAUAAAUACAACGACAAAAGAGAAGGUGGAAGCAGAGACGAAAAAAAAUUACUCAAUCGGAUGGUGUCUUCCGGUUGUGAGGAAAAUCAUCAAAGUGACAACCCACAGACACUUCACCUACAUUUUAAAAAAAAUGAUAAAAUAUUUUUAAACAAAAUUACCACCAAUAUUGUUCUAUUCUUCCUUUUAUUUUUUUACGACUACUACUCAUUCAAUUACGAAAUAAAGGAAAACAUUCUCAUGCAAAUAGCCAGACAUAUCUUGGAACAUUUCUCCACCUUGUACAAUUCUGACCUGAUGAACAUUCAUUUGAAGUACGCGCAAAUUGUCAAAACGGCUAACCUGAAAAGGAAAAAAACGCAGCUACCUGGGCAGUCGCUAUGCAGAAUAAAUCGGUACUUGAAAAAGCCGGCGGGGGGCAGCUCAACCCAGGAAACCUCUACCCAGAAUGGCAACAGCCAGCGUGAGGAAAAAAUAUCCUCCUCUCAGCAGAAAAAUGUCAAGUGCUCUAGGGCGAUUAUGGCCUUGGCCAGGAUAAGGGAAGAGGGACGCAAAAAGAGGGGGGAAACGAACAAAGGGGAGGCUAAGGGGGGAAAUGCAAAAUUGGGAGAGAAGAAACACGGAGAAGACUCUCACCAUCCAGAUCAGUACGAUAAAGAUUCUAACGAUAAGGAUUCGCGCUACGCUGAGAUCUGCCCCCCGGGGGAGGAUCCUCCCCCCGGAACAAAAAACAAAGCAGACGAACCGAGACAAUCGCCCCAACAAGACAUACAACUAAUUAGCAUAGUGGAAGAGCUGAAAAGAAACAAAAAGCUGCUAUUCCUGUACACCAUAAAUUGCUUCAGAAUAAUACAAACGUAUAGCAACGUCUCCUCCCUAAUGUUCAAAUACAAAUAUAUAUCGACCUUUCUGGAGAAGCUUGCAUACUUGACGGACAAAAGUGUUGUAGAAUCUGUUUGGAACUCAUUCCACUUCUACCUGAACAGAAAUAACAAAAGUGAAAUAAAUGUUUACAACGAAAAAGAAACAUCACAGGUAGAUAAGGAAAUUGGGUACCUUUCCUACAUGUACAUAAAUUACUUCUUCAAUUUUGUGUCCUGUUUUAUUUUAUACGACGUGGCAACGUUGUACAAGUUCUGCUCGAACAUGCUAAAUUGCUUGGAUACGCUGAACAGUCACCUAAAAAAUCUCAUGGAGAAUAAAAAGGGCACAUACCUCUGCUCCGUUAUUUUGAAAUUCUACCUGACCAUAACUAACACGUACUUCUUUGACUUUUCCCUGUAUGAUAAUACGCUCGGCGCGAUGAACCAAGAAAGCGGGACAAGUCACACAUUAGAAAUGGAACCCCCAGAGGCAGACAUAACGACACACCUUAUUAACCGUUUGAGAAGCAAGAAAAGACAAGACAAGGGAGAAAUAUCCUACUUCUUAUGCGUUAAACGGUUGAGCAGCGAAUUUUCUAGGAGCAAAUUUCUGCACUUUUUAAUUAACUACGUUAUGAACAACCUUGGUAAUAACGUGAACAAAUCAAAGGUAGAAAUUGAACAGAGCACCCACCUAAUCUGUCUCAUUCUCCAGUUAUUGAGUUACCAAAUAAUUUUUAUAGAUAACAAAAAUGAAAUUUUAAAGCUCGCUAAUGUGUUAGUUAAAUAUGUAAAGAAGGAGGACCCUUGUCUUCUCACGACGUACUAUAUAAUUCUAUUCUUCAAUUCAUGCUUUAUCAACUCAUCCCUGGACGAGCGCAUAAUAACAUUGCUAUUCAGUUUCGAAAAAAAUGACAACAUAUGGUUUAACUUGAUAUUCUUGCAAAACAGUAAAAUCAAAAGAAGCAAGGAAAUAUUACUGCUAAUUAAGUUUUCCAUUUUACACCUCUACUUGCUAUUACUAAAAAAUAAAAAUUCUUUCAAAAAAUGCAUCCUCUGCAUUUCUGGUGACUUAAACAUAUAUUUCGUUUUCAUAUACGUCCUGAACGAGAUAUAUGAGUACUUCAAAAGUUGGAACAUCGAAUGGAGUCCAUUCCGGGGAACGAACAUAUAUCAGCAAGAAAACAUAAAAAAUGAAAAUGCCAAAAGGGACAAGCAUAACAAGUACUUCUACCUGUACGCAGAGCUCCUCGUUAUCGUCACAGAAAUGAUUAAAAUAAUGAACAAUAAUGACGUCAAUAAAUACAUCACCAUUUACCAUAACAAGGAGAAAGACAACCUCGUUGUGCAAUUUAAAAAUUUGUACAAAAAAAUAAAAAACGAAUUAAAGCAAUUCGAACAGUCAAUAAAACUGAUAAAGUAUCUGAUAUUUAUUCACCCCCUCAUGGUUAACAUACAUGCACUGCACAAGUUCUACUUAUGCCUAUACAUAAAGGAGUACCACUACUUCCACAAGGAAUUUUUUAAAUACGAUCUUUUCCUGGUAGACUAUUUCAAUCUACUUCGGGAGAAGAGGAAAGCGAAAAUCUCUAAAACGGGGGCGCCUCAACGAAGUUUGGACGACAGACAAACAGGGCAAAUUUCUUCCGAGACAGUCCAAAAGGAAUCACGCCAUUUUUCGAAUGACGGGAUGACGAAAAAGGACAAUAAAGAUGUUCCCACCUAUGCGUUAGCAGAUGACGCACACAAAGGGAUCAACUUCGAAAAAGAUAAUAUGCACUUUUAUUUUUUUUUCAACACUCCAAAGAAUUAUAAUUACCAAGUCAACAAUUUGUGCUCUUCCAUCCUUCAAAAUGAAUUUCAAGGUUGCCUGAGCAAAUUUUUCUCCUCCUCCUUUAGUAACCAAAGCGAUAAUUCUGACACCCCUUUGCAAUACAACACUGAGCAGAUUAAGAUCUAUGCUGACUACAUUCAUGGCAGCGUUAAUUACGCUAUUGAAUUUUUUAAUUCCUUCUCACUGAAUGGGGGAGGGACGACCGCGAAAAUGGUCUAA